AUGGCUGCCGACAAAAAAUUUUUCUUCUUAGCUGCUAGAAGAGAAAUGACCAAUACUGGAACUGACUUGGUUCUCGUAGAUCCAUGGACCGGAGAACGUUAUCUGAGAAGUGAAAAUGAGCUGAAAAACAAUUAUAGAAUUGAACUUGGAGACUUUGUGCAUGCUUGUGUCGAUCCACAAAAGAUUUUGUAUAAUAUAUCAAAAACCAAACAUACUGGAAAUAUCUGGACCAAAGUGGAUGGAAAUGAAGCAUUCGUGGAGAACGUCCUAUCGAAAUUGAAUAACGUUCAAGGUCGAUUAGUGUUUCAGAAUAAACUAUUCGGGGAUUCACUCUGUCCAGGAGAGUUGCCUCUUGGAGAAUAUAAGAUCAAGAUCAGUUUACUUCCCGAACCAGUGAAACUUCUAACAGGACGACUUGUUCAUUUCCAAGCCACUAACCCAGUAGCUAAGCAAACAAAUCCAAUUGUUGGAGCAGGAUUCGCUGUUGCUCCUAAAAAAGAUGAUAAGAUUGUGGGAUCAGGAUUCCAAGUUGCUCCGAAGAAAGAUGACACUUCCAAAAUGAGAGCAGUUGUAUUGAGUUCAGUUGAAAAACCAAUUGGAACUCAUUUCUACCUGUGGAAUCUUGAUUCGAAAACAGAAGGAUUGUUCGUUUCAAAGAAUCAUUCAUUGGCACAAGGACACCAUUUCGAAGGAAUAUUCAAGAAGAAUCCAGAUGGAAGAUGGACUUGUCAAAAGUAUGAAAAUCCUAUAGAAGGUCUUUUGACAGGGGGAAUCAACCCGAAUAACAAAAUCUAUUUUACCGUGAAAAUUGAUAAAUAUCAGCCGGCUAAAGGGAAUACAAAGUAUGGACAUGCUACUGCUAAAUAUAUUGGAGAUGUUUUGGAAGGAGAUUCCGAAAACACGAAAUUAUCAGCCGAAUGCAACGGAAAAAUGGUGAAUAUCCAACGUCGUGGAAUUGGUGACAAAGAUUUUGUUUGGAUGGUCACUCAAAUUUUGUAA